AUGCUGAGAGUGGGCACAAAGAGGGUUUUGGGAACGACGUCGUUAGGCGUUAGGGUUCCGGCGCGGUUGUACCACGAGAGGGUUGUGGAUCAUUACGACAAUCCCCGGAAUGUUGGGUCGUUCGAUAAGAACGACCCGAGCGUGGGUACGGGUUUGGUGGGGGCACCAGCGUGCGGCGAUGUCAUGAAGCUUCAGAUUAAGGUCGACGACAAAACUGGAAAAAUCGUCGAUGCUCGAUUCAAGACUUUUGGGUGUGGCUCCGCCAUCGCUUCUUCAUCUGUUGCUACUGAGUGGGUGAAGGGAAAGCAAAUGGAGGAAGUUCUUUCCAUAAAAAAUACUGAAAUUGCAAAGCAUCUUUCACUUCCACCAGUAAAGCUCCACUGCAGCAUGCUUGCUGAAGAUGCCAUUAAAGCGGCUGUUAAAGACUAUGAAGCUAAGCGUGCUAAGGCAACUGCUAGCGGAGAGGCAGCAACAGAAGAGAAGCUAGCCACUGCAUGA